GUACAUCAAAAAGAUAUUAUAAUAUCUUUGGGUACAUGCAGAGUACUUUUCACGUUUAAAAAAGUUUUUAAUGAAAAAGGGGUAAUGAAAAGCUGGAGCAAAUUAUCAGUUCACACAAAGAUAUUUCUUGGAUGGUAGGAGCCUUUGUGUCAGCGGAGGAUUGUAUGGUUUUGUAUUAUCGAAAAGGUACAUCAUAUCCCGGAGAUAUGAGAGCAUGAAAUCAAGAGAACGUAUUCGAAACGCACUGAAUGAAGAAUCAGUGACUGGAAGUUCAAGAACAACACCCUUGACGUGGUAAACGAAGUAUUAUUUAAUAAUCUAUCAAAAUGACAGCGCUGCCGCAGUUAGACGAGGAGAAAUUCAAAUUGGUCCAGGAGUUGGAGAUCGAGAUGAUGUCGGACAUGUACAAUCGGAUGACGUCGGCUUGUCACAAAAAAUGUAUUCCUCCAAAAUACAGAGAACCAGACCUUGGGAAAGGCGAGUCAAUAUGUUUGGAUCGGUGUAUCGCUAAGUAUUUCGAAGUGCACGACAAAAUCGGGAAAAAACUCACCCAACUCACGAUGCAAGACGAGAAUGCUCUGAAGGGUAGCGUGGCUGAACAACCAAAACUACCUAGUUAAGUUCAAAGUUAUAAUUAGGAAGAUUAAAAUCACUCGAAAUUCACGACAUGCAUUUAGUAUUCUUAUUAGUUUCAUCAUUCAGUUUCCACUGAUUCAAUUACCAAGUUAUAAUAACACUGUUUCUAGUAGUUUAUGAUCCGAAAACAUAUUCUUUCCGAUCUGUGAUCAGCACAGAAUGUUGGAAAUGCUGCGGUAAUGUUACAUUCUGUAAUUAUAUGUUGUGAAUAAAACGAAAUCAAAACUCA